GUCGCCAUGGCUGUGGAGUUGGAGGACACCCAGGAGCUUCUCACGGAGCAGCCGGUGAAGGCGAAGUCCUCUCGCUGGUACGUGUUGGGUGCCGUGGCAGCUGUGGUCUUCGUGGGAUGCGUGGGGGUUGUUUCGGCCUCGCGCAGCCGCGCUCAGACCUUGGCCAGCAAGAAGGACUUGGUGCAGAACUGGGAGGAGAUCCCUGGAAUCGACAGAGUCGUCAAGAAGGCGGAGAAUUUGGAGUUGAAGCAGCCCCUGCGCAACCUGAACGAUCUCUUCUACUCCUCCCAGCCAGAGGAGCUGCCGUGGAUCCGAACGGAGUGCGUCAUUGAUACGGUGCAGGCUGCCGCCUAUCUGGGCCAGGCGGUGGUCUUCCUCUACAAGGCGAUCGAGUACGACGGCCUGGAGUGCCCGGACAACACCCCUGUGGGCUGCGCAGUGAGUGUUGCUGGGUUCAUCACGUCCAUCACCUGGAUCGCCUCGUACCUGUCCUUUGCCGCCAAUGCCUGCGGUGCUGCGGUGAACUCGGGCGCCCUGUGCGCAGGUGACUGGACGGCCUUGAUGGCCAACUUCGGGGAGAUGGCCACUGUGGGGGCCGCAGUGAAGGACGACUGCGACUUCAGCACCGACUGGGGCUCCAUCCUGAAUCUCACCGACUCCUCGGGCCCUCCUCCGCCCAUUUGGCAACAGUUCGUGCCUGCAGGGGCGGCGCCAACUGUGGAGACCUACCAGAAGGUAAAGGCUCUCCGGGAGUCGAACACCAACCGCAACAUGGACAUCACGCAGUGCGUUAUGGACGUGACCAACUCGGCCUCUUACGUGGUCCGUGCCAUUUUGCAGAUUCGCUCCGCCACAUCUGCAUGCCCCGAUCCCAAGGCGUGCGCAAUCAACAUCAUGAACAUCAUUUCGAGUUUCGCGUGGAUCUCGCAGUUCACGGCCCUGGCUGUCUCAGAUUGCCCAGAGGGGGGCAACCAGAAGGCCUUGUGCACUGCGGACAUCUCGGACAUGGUCGCGGCAGUGACCAACGGCCCCGCCGCGGGAAUCGCCACCACCUCGGACUGCGCUGACCUGCCAGACCCGGUGGAGGAGGAGAAGCACUUGCCCAUGAACUGAGCACCUGUGAUGCACACCGCCUGUAGCCACACACAGCUGGCCUUCCGGCUGUGAUUCUGUCGGUUGGAGACCGCCUUUUCCAUUCACCGGGGUCGCUACUUAAGCCUGCAAUAUCUUGCAAUAGCCUUGCAGGCUAAGUAGCCUGGUGCCAAAGUCCUGCCAGUAUGACUAAAAUUUGAAUCCAAACUGCGUGCCAGAACUAUCUUGUUCCUACAGUGCAAGCCCCAGACUCUAGCAUAGCUCUGCCCCGAGCCGAACAAAAAAUCAUCGGGGCGAAAUCCCUGGUGGGCGAAGCUCGCACGGGCGGGGCAUUGCUGCCUUUUGCAAGAAGUUGCAUCCAAACGAUUUUGCAGGGCUCAUCAGGACCUUCACCAACAUGGUGUGCCUGGCCUGAGUGUGCCCUGUGUUUUCUUGGAGUAUCCCAGGAAGGCAG